AAACAAAAUUUGAAAGAUAAAAAGUUAUCUUAAGUCGGUGGAAAAUUAGAAAGUUAGAAUUUUCGUAUUAUGUACGAGAUGAUGUUAUAAACUAAAAAUAGAAUGCAAGUAAUUAGGAAGAAUAUUUAUAAAAACUUCAUUUGAGUACUUCACUUCAAGGCAGUCUAUUAUUAUUUUAAACAUGUAACAAGAGAAGUCGUUUAAUUAGGUUUAAGUUUGUCAAGAAAUGGCACUACUGGGAGCACAACUGGUCAUCACUUUGAUAAUAAUUAGUUUAAUUCAAAAACUAGGGCACCAUUUUUCAUUUGGAAGAUGGUUAUUAUGUAGUACAGGUCUUAUAAGGUACCUUUAUCCUACAGAUGAUACCCUUCGGGAAUUAGCCCAUAUUCCCAAAGAAAAACCCGCAAAAAGAAAUAAGAUCUACGAAAAUGGUAAACAAAAAACGUUUCAUAUUCCCAAAGACCUGGAAUUUGAGCUUGAAACUGCCAAAAUUUCUGUACUCGAUGUAAUUCAUUUAAAGUAUUACACUGAAUACCAGUGGUUAUUAGAUUUUGCAGUUUAUGCAGCAAUAGUAUACACUUUGACUGAGGUGUACAAGUCAUUCUAUUCAAUAGAGAAUGAAAUUAAUUUGAGCAUAAUAUGGUGUACACUUAUAGUUGGUUAUGCUUUGAAAAUAUUAUUGUCUCUCACAAUACAGUAUUUCCGAAGUGAUGAGUCAAUUGGAGAAAGAUCUGCUUGUAUUGUUAUGGGAUUCAUUUAUCUCUUAAUUGCCAUGAUCUUUUUGAUUAUAAAUGAAAAUGUUCUUGAGCUUGGACUGGAGAAAGCAUACUCUAGUUUUAAUAGGACUGCUUCAACAUUUAUUAACACACAAAACAUAAAAUCAACAGGCCCAGCUUCAAAAAUAGUACUGAAAUUUUUCAUUUCGGUAUGGUGUGCCAUUUUGGGCACUAUUUUUACGUUUCCUGGAUUGAGAACAGGUAGAAUGCACUGUGACUUAUUAAAAUCUCUUCAAGAUACAAAACUUGUAUAUGCGAUUGUGAAUCUGAGUUUUGCAAUGCCCUUAAUUUUAAUCGUCCUUUGGAUUAAACCUUUAGCAAGGGAUAAUCUUACGGUGCGAACUUUCGGAGAACGAACUGACCCUAUAAUGUCCACUGAAACAUUUGACUCCUUGAGAAUAAUUCUGAUAGUUGUUACGUUUGUUAUUAAAAUAUGUUUGACACCCAAGUACCUUCAGGCCUAUUUGGAUAUGGCAGGUCGUAGAAUUAAAGAAUUGCGAAAAGAAGCUGGAAGAAUUACUAAUAUUGACUUACAAAAAAAGAUUGCUGCGGUAUUUUAUUAUCUAUGCGUAGCCACUAUACAGUACAUCGCCCCUAUAAUUGUGUGCCUUUAUUUGGCGUUAAUGUACAAAACAUUAGGCAAAUUUAAUUGGUUUAGUUGGACCGUCCCAUCAGAUGAAUGCCCAUUGGAUGGUUCUGGUGAAAAUAGCAGCGAAGAGGAAUUAAACAGUUCCGAUGAAAAUUUAAAU